AGCAACCAUCCAGAGACCAGAGCCGGUGACUGGCCGAGAUAGAUACAGACAGGAGCAGAGCGCGGAGCAGCUGCUAGCCUAGUAGAGAGACCGAGAGCAGCGGGGAUGGUGAAGAUUCCGAGCCCCAGCAGGCUGUUCAGGAGCCGGUCCAGGAGCAGCACCACCAUCGGCGGCGCCGGAGCGGACAUCUGCGCCAUGGUGGCGGAGCACGAGAAGAUCGAGUGGGAGGUGCGGCCUGGCGGGAUGCUGGUGCAGAGGCGGCGGCCGUCGCCCGAGGACGACGCGGCGGCGGCCGUGGACGUGGAGUACAUCCUGGUAAAGGUCUCCACCGGGUGGCAGUGGCACGACGUCUCCAUCGACGCCAUCGCAACCUUCGGCGACCUGAAGGUGACGCUGUCGCUGGUGACCGGGCUGUGGCCCAGGGAGCAGAGGCUGCUGUACCGGGGCAAGGAGAGGGACGACCGCGAGCACCUGCACAUGGUGGGCGUCCAGGACAGGGACAAGGUGCUGCUCCUGGAGGACCCGGCCGUCAAGGAGAGGAAGCUCAGGUCAACCACCUUGGCGCAGCUCAUGGGCGUGCCCUGCCACUCCUUCAUCCAAGUGUAGUAGAGACUAGGGGGUUGUUUGGUUUCAUGGGACUAAACUUUAGUCCCUGCCUUUUAGUCUAUUUUAGUCCCUACAUUACUAAAUAUAGGAAAUAAAAGGGAAUAAAUCAGAUUUCCUUCCC